AUGCGUCUCCAAACGCGGCGCGCGUGUCAUGUCAUAAGUUGUUCCGUUCCGCAAUCUCCCGGGUCCAGUCCCAGGACAAUUGUCAAGUGUUUUCAACGUUGGGGUGACGAAGAGAUUCGCUUUCAGCAGCAGCCAGGUCUGUGUUUCCAGGAUGCCUUCAUUUCCACUGUGGAUGGCACACCGCAGCAGAUGAACAAAGAUGCCCGCCAUGGUUGUUACAUCUCCAUUCCAACGCCCUUCUCCCAGACCCCGACCAUGGCCACACGUCAGCGAUACGCAAGUAUCCUGCUGUCUUCUUUCGCAGGGUCUGAUGGUCUCCAAGUCUUGCUCAACCAAUGUGCCCUGGUGGUGGCCCGGGUCAGACAGCCAGAUGUGUUGCACGUCGUCGUCGGCUGUGGCCACGAUGGCAAAACUCUGAUUUUUGUCGACCACAUGCGGGCUGUGUUCGGCAGCGGCUUCCGUUGCGCGCCAUGCACAAUGCUCCAAGCAGACCGAGAGUUCCAGGUGCAAGGGGUCAAUUUCAUCCACGCAGCAUUCCUCACUUUUGAUGAAUGCAAGCGAGACCAAGGGCUCGUGGAAGACAUUGUCAAGGUCUUUGUCGGUGGUGGCUGGCUCCCUUUGCGGAGAAACCACGAAGCAGAGACAAGAUACGGGCAUUGGCCCAACACUGGCAAAGUCUGGGCUAUGAAUGUCGGGGAUAUCCCCAAGGUGCCAACGGCGGAAGAGGUUUCUCAUCGAAGGAGGUUCCGUUGCACCUACAUGCGGUCCAAGUUCACCGCGAACCACGAUGAGGUGGACGUCGCCAACAGAGUCUUCCAAGCAGACCCCACUGCUAAGGAAUUCAUGGCCUCUGGGGAUGCAGUAUGGUGCUUCUUCCAGGACUUUUUGUUCCCUCAUCUUCGGGUGACUGGGGUUCAGAAAUGCAGUGACAAUUUGGAGCACCUCCGGCCAGGAACAUGCUUGCAGAAGGACACGCAGUGGCUCCUCCGCAAAAUGAGUCGCUCUGAUGACAGCCUGCAUCCAGACCAAGACCUGCCUUGCGGGCCGGGGGCUCCGCAGCCAGCGUCCAGCGCCGCUGCAUCUGCAUCCGAGCGCUUGGUCCGAGACACCCACGCAGCCAUCCAAAGCCAAUUCUUCACGGCAGCUGACGUCAACAGAAUCGCUUUGGCUUCCAAUCCUGGCGCAGCUCCCCCAAACCGGGCUGGCAAGAAGCUGAGAGUGGAGUGCCUCAAGGAAGCUUUGCCCGCAUGUCCACAUCUCAUUCGCGCGGUGGAUGGCGUUGUUCGAGGUGGCAGCCAGACGGGUCGCUUUGAGCGCAGGUGCCUUGACCCCAACAAGUGGCACCGCUGCCUAGAAACAUCUGUGGGAGAGACGCGUGUCCAAGAAGUCGCCGGUACUUGGGCAGACUGGGCUUGGCCUUCAGCCGCGGAGACUUCCAAUGCGGAUGACUUUGAUGAACCAAUCGGCUUCCCCCAGGGAGACUCUUGGACCAUCUCUUGCAGAGUCAAUGUGGACGGCCUGCAAAAUUUUGGGACCGCUGCGCCCGGAGUCAAAGGACAACAUGCCACGCAAGUGGCCGAACAGUGUGCAAGAGAUGGCCGCGACGAGGGCGCUGGCAUCAUGGUUGUUCCAUGCAUCGGUCAUCAAAAAAAGGUUGCCGGAGAAUCUCUUGGGAGAGCCUUCUUCCCAUGGGUGAGUUUCCCAAGUCUGUCUCGGGCCGCAAGGAAUUGCGGUAGCCCUCCGGGAACAAAGGAGUUCGACAUGCCAAAUGCCGUGGUGCAAGUUGCUUUGGACUUUGCCCGUCAGUAUGGGCUGGACUUGCCAUGCUUUCGCCGCUACUACGCUUCCAAAGCGGAGUGGCGCAAAGUGGUCAUGAGCUGGUUCUCUUUGCCCGAACACGAUGCCAAGAAAGCCCUUUUGAUGGCCUGCUUCGGCUUUGCUUUUCCAUCGCGGGCAACGGGGCUCCCCGUCGCCUGCCCAUUGCUAGAAGGUUUAGCAGCAGACGCCAUGAAACUGAGAGAGCUGCUAUGUCAGAAAUUUCCCCAGGUCCUACAAGCUAUGAAAGAAGCAAAAAAGCCUCGUCCAGAAACAUCUACAAUGGCCUUCUUGUUGUUCGACAAGGAACACACAGCUAUGCGACAGUUCUGCGACCUGUUGCCUAAACAUGGUUUUGCUUUGGUUGGGCCGGUCUUUGACGCAGUGCUCGCUGUGCCAGAAAGGCAGCUCAGCGAUGGGGACGACCACACUUCCCGUGAGUUGGCCUUGCUGGCUGAUUUUGAAAGCCUGACAGGCAUCACCAUGCAAGUCAAAGCCUUGGACACUGCCCCGCCGGUUCUCACAGUCCAACGGAUUCUGGAUGACAUUCUGGCCUCGAAUCAGGGCAUUCGAAUGCACAGCGUCGAGCACGUACCUGGAUGCUACUCCUGCAUCGGAACAGCUCUCCUCAAUUUGUUUCCCGAAGAAGAAUUUUCCAUCAAAGAAGCAACUUCAAACUUGACAGAGCCCAUAUCUUACCAACGUGCCAUGCAGCUGUGCCCUCAGAUAGCGAUUGAACCCAUCUCUUGGGCCCAAGCAAAGCAAUGCACUGAUGGAACAUGCUUCUUGCUGCACACCUCCCAUGCUUCGGGCGCAGACAUUGGCCAUGCAUAUGGGCUGAAACUUGUUCAAGCGGCCAUGCACAUCUACAGCUCGACUGAAGAGGAGCGCAUUCAGACCAACGCGAGCCUUUUGUUGGACAAGUUGCAGAAUGUCCCGGGGAUAUACAUUUUCAACGUCCAUGUGCUACCCAACGGAGAUCCUGCGGCCAAGCGGCGAAAAAAGGAAUACGGAACCUCCAUCGAGUUGCAGUUGAAAGCUGGAAUGGAAUGCGAUAGCGAGGAAACCAGCUGGGAACGCCUGAGGAUGCAACUGCAAGACAGCAUGCGCAAGGAAGUCGACCGGGAAAUCACACGUCCAGGACUCAGCUGCACAGUUGAACAGACACUGCUUGGCCACCUAUGA